AUGGAUAAUGCAGCGAGGCUCAGCGCAGAGAGAUUUCGUAUUAUAUACGAAGAGAGCUUUAAAGUAUGGUCUAACCUAUAUCAUCGUGCUAUAAAAGACCCCAGCUUGCCUACCUCUUACCUAUCCCUUCCGGACUUAUUCCGACUGCAUCCUUUCUUCCCCAAUGAUUUAACCUUAAAGCAUGCCGAAUAUACUGGUUUUAGUAGAGUAUAUGCCACCGGAUCCUCUAUUUGGGGAUCGCAACAGACGACCUGCGACUAUGGACUGCCAUCCUUCCAGCGGCAAGUGGAGAUUGAUGUUGUCGCACAACAUCCAGUAUUAUUAUCGAUCGUCGAGAUAUCAAAUAAGAACCUCAACUUUGCGCCGUGGUUUAUCAAUGAUCAACAAAACUAUCUUGCUGUCCUCGUUUUGGCUUGGACUUAUAUUCUAUCCGCUCGCUGGGUCGAAGUGAUGCCUGAGCCUUGUUCUCUCCUAUAUACAAACAGCAGUGCAGCUGACUAUGACGAAGAUAGUAUGACAAGCUCGGAAUCUAAUCAAAACGUAGUCAGUGUGGAUAUUGGUGACGUUAGCUCGGAGGAGUUCAGAUGGUGGGCUGCUAUUCUGGCCCCGGAGCCUGGUUGGCAAGCAACUAUGAUCCUGAGAGAAAACAUAUUCCUAUCCCCUUGGUCGAUUCGCCUUCAAUCUGGCCCGAGGUUUUCGUUGCUAUACAGAGCGACGUCGUCAGCCCCUCUACGUUUAUCACAAUCAGCCCCAUCGUUUCGAAGUGCUAGCCGUUUUCUUCAUAACUUCUGCGUAAAACAUAAUAUUGCAGAUCAGAGUUAUGCUGCACUCGCCGCCGUCAUACUGUUUCCCACCAUGAAAAGCCGUCAGCCACUACAACUACCAGCUCCCACGAUUGACAACAGUGAAAACUUAACGAUGGCCAUGUCGUCGCAAAUUUCGCAGGAACACCUUCACAACGAACAUCAACUGGGAUAUGAAUGGAUGUGCCAGGGAAACCACUUGGAUAGGCUUUUGACUUUGAGCUGUAAUGUCAGAGGUAUACGAUCAAUGUUACUUAGCACCUUCUACGACAUUAACAUAGAAUGCAAUGCUGUAACCCCUUGGCUUCAAGGAGCGGUGGCUGCCAUUGAAUCUCUGGCUUCAGAUAAGCCUCUUGUUCUCGGACGAAUGUUUAUGGAGCGAUCGCCGCAGCUCUCCUUCCUGUGGCUUGGCAUUACUGUCCUCGGAUUACAAGAAAAAGUCCUGCAAGACGUCCGAUGGGGCCUCAUUCCAAUAGACCUUCACUCUUCCGUAUGGUCAGGGACGGUGCAAUCAUUCCUGCAACAACCUGUCUCUUACCCUCUCGUGGUCAAAGGCUCUAUAUCCCGCGCAGAUGAGUGCCGUUUGCUCUUCCUUUCGCAAUCUGGCUUUCACAGCAGGGUCCCUCUCUGCCAGUGGAAGCCGUUCGGGAAUACUCUGCUCGAGGAUACUGAUUUAGAAGUACGAAUCCAUGCCGAAUGCAAAGGUCAUGGGCUUCAGUACAAUGGCUUUUUCUGGGAUUGUAUCACCGGUGAAGUGCCAUCUCAACCUAUGAGUGACAUCAGUACACACGCGCCGCCAGUUCUAUUGCCCCCACGAGACAGUCAGGACAUAGAGAAGGUUAAUGUUGACUACACAAAACUGGAUCGUGAAGAAGAGUCCAUAUCGGAAAAUGCAACUCGAAAUAUCUUUGGUUGGCUACGUAUUGAUGGAUAUGCAUCAUGUGAAAAGGAGAUUUGGGAAAGUGAGUGGUGGGACAUCUUAGAUUCUGAUGACGAUUACGAAGUGGAUGAGGGCGAGAGUAAUCCCGAUAGUAGGCGUGGGCCUUCCUCACGUGUAAAGUCAUGGAUACUUGAGUUAUCUAAUUAGCUAAUUGCCUCCCUCUCAUACAACUGUGAGUGCUCUCGAAUACUUAUAAGUUAGGUGGCAAUUUGAGAUAUUGGCGGCAUCACAAUAACUACCUUGGUCACUACAUCGUGAGACAACCAAGGAACUACCGCGCCUUUUAAGACCCAGGUAACCGGAUAGCCCUUGUAAAAAUACAUGAGCGGCUACUAUCGAAGAUUCGUAUACCACGAAAGCUUAGUGACUCCGGGUAUGACCG